AUGAUACCCCAGGGACAUGGCCCCGUGAUACCCCGGGGACAGGGCCCUGUGAUACCCCGGGGACAGGGCCCGGAGAUACCUGGGUGUGGUGCCUGGAACAGCCUAUGUCAGGCCUGCGGUUCGAUUCUGGAAGCUGCAGAGAAAUCGGUUUCCAUGGUGAGGGGAGGCCGCGCCGAGUUUGCUGCAGCCUUGGCCUGGCAGAAAGGAAAAGUCUUCCCCACCAAGGAGUAUACCACCUGGGUGGAGUCUGUCCACGAUAAUCCCACGGUGGUGGACUUCACGCUCCGGUCCAUCCUUGGCCUUGUAAAGGGGAUUCCAUGUGCAGUGACAAAGCGUAGACACCUGGAGCAGGCCAUGAUGGACUACAUGGAGACCUUUGACCCUUGCCGGUGCUCCCCGUGUUCCAAUAAUGGUAAAGCCGUACUGUUGGACAAUAGCUGCCAUUGUGUCUGCAAGGCCGGGACCUACGGGGACAACUGUGAGCUACGGACCCCUGACUACCACUCAGCCGUACAGGAUGGCUCCUGGAGCUGCUGGUCAACAUGGACAGACUGCAAUGCGUCAUAUCGCAGGAGACGAUCCCGAGUUUGCAAUAAUCCUGUCCCCCAGUUUGGGGGCAAGUCAUGUGAGGGGGCAGGCCAGGAGGAGCAGCAGUGUGUCAUCUCGCUGUUUGGUGACAGGAGCACUCUGUGUAUUAAUGACGACGAGGUGAGAAAGGAGAUCACUGAUCCACUGCAUCCUGGUCCCACCGAUGGCAGUGUCUACUGUCCCAAACCAGAGGCGCCCGAGAAUGGCUUCCUGAGGAUCUCCAAACCUCGUUACGACGUGGCUGAAAUGCUGGAGAUUAUCUGUUUCUCCGGUUAUGAGGCACGUGGAUACCAGUUCUACCGCUGCCUCCCGGAUGGAACGUGGCAGAAAGAGGAGAUGCAGUGUCAGCGGACUGUCUGCACACGACCUGCUGUCUCCAGCCCAGCCACCCUGCAUCCAUUCAAGACUGAGUACAGCAUUGGAGAGAGCAUCCAGGUCCGCUGCCCUCCUGGGAUGAGAGCAGCUGGUCAGCCUCAGUAUGAAUGUGGGGCCAGCCUCUUCUGGGAACCUGACCUGCCCCAGGAAAUUCUCUGCCAGUCUGGUAUCGACAGCUCACACUGUGACCCAGGACAGAAGGCAGAUGGAGACCAGUGCGUCUGCAAGUCAGCAGAUGAGGACUGCGGUACCGGUCCACCUGCAGAGAUCUGUGCGUAUGAUGUUGCAGCUGAGAGUGUGCUCAGUACCUCGCGCUGUGCCUAUUUGGCGAUGAGAUGUGAAAACCAGGACCUGCAGCUGGUGAAGGAGGGGCCAUGUGAAGACUCUGACCUGCUGUGGGCCGUAGAGAGAGCCCAGCUCUCAGUCUCCAGCUCCAAGAGGGUGCCCGAAUAUUAUCUUCCACACCUUUCACCCUUUCAGGAACAUACUCCUCCUGAACUCUGA